AUGAGCAGGAGGCUCGAGCGGCGACUGCAUGGGUUUUUUUUCUUCUUCUUGUUCGCCGACGCGCCUGGGUUGGCCACGGGGACGGGCUGGCGGGCGGUGCGCGGCGUGAGCGGCCGGGGUCAUGAGGCCAUCCAGGCGCUCUUACGAACUGGUGGCCGCCCGUACGGAAAGACGGUUCUCCUAAACGCACUGCACCUGCGUGUCCAACACGUCGAAGCAUGCUUGCUCAUGAUGUAG